AUGGCGGACCCUGGGUCGGACGUUGCCACAUCGCCGCAGCCAGAAAAGGCGACGAUGAUGAUGAUGCCCUCGGAGCCGGUGCGAGACAUUGAGAAGCCAGAGCACGCAGAGAGCCAGGCAAAGGUUGACAGAGUGCUGCAGUCAGACAUCGGAGUAGUGACCCUCCUCACCCGCCUGAAACAAAGCAUCUCCUCUGCCAAAGACCUCGCUACCUUCCUACGCAAACGCUCCAUCCUCGAAGAUGAACACGCCCAGGGCCUCAAGAAGCUCGCGCGCGCAAUGCACGACUCCGCCAUGCGCCAGGACAACCGCCAGGGAAGCUUCUCCCGCAGCUACAACGAAAUGAACAUGAUCCACGACCGCGUGGCCGACCACGGCGUCCACUUCUCCCAAUCCCUCAUGCAGAUGGCUGACGAACUCCACGAGCUCGCAGCCACCAUGGAACGGGGCCGUAAGCAGUGGAAGCAGAACGGUCUGACGGCCGAGAAGAGAGUGCAGGACGCAGAGCUGCUGGCGGAAAAGGCAAAGGCAAAGUACGAUACCCUGGCGGAACAGUAUGAUCGGGCGCGGACGGGUGAGCGGCAGGCUGGCAAGUUUGGUCUCAAGGGUCCCAAGUCUGCGGCCCAGCAGGAAGAAGACCUGUUGCGGAAGCUCCAGCAGGCGGACUCGGAUUACUCGAGUAAAGUGCAGGCUGCGCAGACUCAGAGACAGGAGCUCGUUGCCACACUCAGACCGCAGGCUACCAGGGCAUUGCAGGAUUUGAUCAUGGAGUGUGACUCGGGGUGUACCCUCCAACUGCAGAAACUCGCGUCAUUUAGUGAGAAGCUGGUGCUGGGGAGCGGUCUGGCCGUCAGUCCCAUGAAGACCGGCAGCAGUACUCCAGACAGUCUGAGAGAGGCUGCCAAACGGGUCGACAACGAACAGGACUUUAGAGACUUCAUCGUCAGUCACUCCAGCAAGGUCCCAGACACCAAACCGACUCCCAAGUACGAGAGACACGCCACGUUGAUGCCGGCUUCAAACCCCAAUGCUCAUCCAAAGAGACAAUCCCUCAGCCUAAACGCCAAUCCAACUCCCCCUCCCCAGUCGGCAUCCCAAGUCUUCAAUACCAUGUCUCCCAUACCCCGAGACUCGUCAGGAGUCCAAGGAUCACCGCUCUCGUCGCAGCAACGCCGAGACUCAUGGACCUCCCAGCCCCCGUUCCCUACGUCCACGCCGCAGUAUAGCGACCCUGCUUCAAUGCAGCCUACCUACUCGCAGCAACACUCAUACCAGCCUCCACCCCAGCUCGCUCAGCAUGUCCAGCCACGGCCUUCGAUAAGUGACAUCCCACUCAACUCUCACCCGGAGUUACCGCCCCUUAACCCCGUCUUUGGCAUGACCUUGGACGACCUCUUCAAGAGAGACGGCACUGCCAUACCCAUGGUCGUCUAUCAGUGUAUCCAGGCCGUGGAGCUGUUUGGGUUGAACGUAGAGGGCAUAUACCGGCUUUCAGGGAACACCAACCACAUAGCUCACAUGAAGAGUCUCUUCGAUAACGAUUCAUCACAAGUCGACUUCACCAACCCGGAAAGCUUCUACCAUGACGUCAACAGCGUUGCUGGUCUGUUGAAGUUGUUCUUUAGAGACCUGCCUGAUCCGCUAUUCACUAACGAGCGGUACGCAGCGUUUAUCGAUGCAGCUCGUAAAGACGAUGAUAUCCAGCGUCGAGAUGCGCUGCAUGCAUUGAUCAACAGUCUUCCCGACCCUAACUACGCUACUCUUCGAGCACUGAUACUGCAUCUUAACCAUGUCCAAGAACGAAGCUCGGAGAACAGGAUGAAUGCCGGCAACAUCGCCAUCAGCUUUGGUCUCACUCUCAUGGGCACCAACGCAGGCCGUAGCAUCGCAGACUCAGGCUGGCAAGCUCGCGUAAUCGAAACAAUACUACAAAACACAUUCCAGAUCUUCGACGACGACUAA